UUAUUAUACUUGAUAGAUUACCAUUGAAUCAAAAUGGAAAAAUAGACCGAAAACAACUUCCUUCACCCCAAUUUUCUUCAUCGAUUUUCUUAGCAGGCGAUGAGUUUGAUACGCCUCUGAAUCAGUUCGAAGAACGUAUACAUACUAUUUGGUGUCAAGUCCUUCAUUGUAAUGAAAAUCACAUUUCUAGAACUACCAGUUUUUUUAAUGUUGGUGGUCAUUCACUUUUAUUUAUUGAACUUUAUCAUCAUUAUCAAUCAGUAUUUAACUUUGAUGCUCAUACACUUUCGAUUGCUCCAUUUCUUCAACAACCAACUAUAUUUCAACAUUCACAAUUACUUCAAACAAUUAGUAUGAAUAAUAUUAAGGCAACACUAUGGCACACACUACAUAUAAAUGAAGGUAUUGCCUCUUUUGCUCAAGAGCGUAUCUUUCUCGAUGAACAAGUUCGUUUUUCGAGUGAUACUGCUAUCUAUAAUGAAUUGUUUACUUUACAAAUUGUUCAAGGAUCAUUAUCAUUCAAUCGUUUAUUACAAGCAUUUCGAUAUGUUUUGAAUAAGCAUAAAAUAUUACGUACAACUCUCAUGUUUAACAAUGAUAAUGGCAGUUUGAAACAAUGCAUUACAGACAUACAUGAAACAUUCACAAUAACUAUGAAUCAAACAUUUGAAAAUGAAAAUGAACUGCGAGACAUUAUUUACCAAACAACUAUUAAUCCCCAUCUCUUCGAUUUAUCAACUGGUCAUGUUUUUUAUACUGAAAUUGUGAGACAUGGAACAUCAUUAAAUGAAAAUGAUAACAAUAAAUUCAUAACCAGUUUUGAUGUUCUUCUCAUUGCUUUUCAUCACGCAGCAUUUGAUCGAUCAAGCCGUUCAAUAUUUUUCAAUGAUCUAUGUUUAGCUUAUAAUACUAAUGCAAUAUCAAUAGAAGAUGAUAACGAAUCAUUACAAUACAUGGAUUAUAGUAUACAUGAACGUCUAAUUAAUAUGACAACAUCUCGUGAGUUUUGGUCUUUACAAUUAGAAGAAUACAAUUUGGAAUCUCGAUUAUCAUUACCAAUUGAUCGACAUCGUUUGUCUAAUGAUCAUCGAUCGAGUUCUGCUUCUGUCACUGAAAUCUCUUUUGACAACGAAAUAUCGGAAUCAUUUCUUGAUUAUGCUUCUAUACAUCAUGUGACACCAUUUCAGUUAGGUCUAACUAUAUUAUAUGCCUUUCUUUUCAAGUUAACACAUCGUGAAAAUGAUUUAUGUAUUUCUUGUCUUAAUGCUAAUCGAUAUAAAACUGAACUACAGAA